GUUUGCUUUCUUCACAGCCUACGCAGGUCGUUUCUGAAAUCGUCUUUCCCGCGUGCUCUUCAUAAGUUUUUGAAAAUUAUAAAGAAAAAUGGGAAAGCUGAACAAAAAGUUAUUUCAAACUAAAAGUAAAGUUAUAACGGAUAAGAAAGAAGUGGAUACAAAAAUUGUUUCCGGGCCAUUUCCAAUUUAUCGCACCAUACCGGUGCAGUUGAACGGUCCUGAGCCCAAAAGUUUCAAAGUUGUGUCGAAGACCACCAAGUCGAAGCAUAUCACCAAAUCGGAUUCCCCAUCCGAAAAAGAAUCACCCGAACUUGCGGCCAAUAAUGAAUCAGACACUCCAGGUAAAGUCAAGAAGCUCCGAAAGACCGCCAUUAGUCGACUCAGUAAAAAGGAUAAAAUCAAGUUCCGGAAAGAGGAAAUACUGAAGAAGGUUCAGCUUACCCAGAAGGCAUUCAAAGAGGACAAACUGAAGAAGAAACGCGAAAAAACGGCCGUCACGGGCGAUAUGAAGCCGCUGUUGGACGCCCUUCCGUCGUUGGAGUCGCUCUUCAAGAUGAAACAGACCGACAGUAUCAAAACAGGAGUUCCCAAGUACGACAAGAAAGCGGCCCCCAAGACAAAACAGCAACUCAAGGCGGACAGGUUAAAGAAGAAGAAGGUCGAUUUUCUUGCCCGCUGUCAGAAGGUAAACCAAGUUUUAAAGUCGAAAAAGUAUCGAAAAAAUCCCAAAAAGAUGAUUGCUGAGCACAUUCGGAAUACGCGGAAGGAACAAUUACAAUUGCUUUUGGGUAAUUCAUAGUUCCUUAAAUUAUUAUAAAAAAAAACUAAUAUUAAAAUAAAUUGAAAACUGAUAUAUUCUGAAAAUUCAAAAUAUUGUAAAAAUAACGUUAAAUAUAAUUUGAAUUAGGGUAUACAGAGUACGAACUGUAUCACGUGUUAGACGAGUAUUUCGACAUGCAAUAUGACCAUAAUUGUCAGUAAAUGUAUGAAAUUUAUCAUCAAGCUACUCUAUAUCACGUGAUAUAUUAUAGAUCUUAAGUCUGAGCAAAAUAAAUUUUGAAUCAUAUAUAAGUCAAACAAAA